AUGUUAAUCCCCAGCCACCAAUGUUACUCCCCCAGCCACCAGUGUUACUGCCCAGCCACCAAUGUUACUCCCCAGCCACCAGUGUUACUGCCCAGCCAUCAAUGUUACUCUCCAGCCACCAAUGUUAAUCCCCAGCCACCAAUGUUACUCCCAGCCACCAGUGUUACUGCCCAGCCACCUGUGUUACUGCCGAGCCACCAGUGUUACUGCCCAGCCAUAUAUGUUACUCUCCAGCCACCAGUGUUAAUCCCCAGCCACCAAUGUUACUCCCCAGCCACCAAUGUUUGCUCCCCAGCCACCAGUGUUACUGCCCAGCCACCGAUGUUACUCCCCAGCCACCAGUGUUACUGCCCAGCCAUCAAUGUUACUCUCCAGCCACCAAUGUUAAUCCCCAGCCACCAAUGUUACUCCCCAGCCACCAGUGUUACUGCCCAGCCACCAGUGUUACUGCCCAGCCACCAGUGUUACUGCCCAGCCAUCAAUGUUACUCUCCAGCCACCAAUGUUAAUCCCCAGCCACCAGUGUUACUGCCCAGCCACCAGUGUUGCCCAGCCACCAAUGUUACUGUCCAGCCACCAAUGUUACUCCCCAGCCACCAGUGUUACUGCCCAGCCACCAGUGUUACUCCCCAGCCACCAAUGUUACUCCCCAGCCACCAGUGUUACUGCCCAGACACCAAUGUUACUCUCCAGCCACCAAUGUUACUACCGAGACACCAAUGUUACUCUCCAGCCACCAAUGAUACUCCAGCCACCAAGGUUACUCCCCAGCCACCACUGUUACUCCCCAGGCACCGAUGUUACUCCCCAGGCACCGAUGUUACUGCCCAGCCACCAAUGUUACUGCCCAGCCACCAAUGUUACCUGCCACCAAUGUUACUGCCCAGCCACCAAUGUUACUCCCCAGCCACCAGUGUAUUCCCCAACCACCAAUGUUACCCCAGCCACCAAUGUACUGCCCAGCCACCAAUGUUACUCCCCAGGCACCGAUACUUCCCAGGCACCGAUACUGCCCAGCCACCAAUGUUACUGCCCAGAAACCAAGGUUACUCUGCAGUCAACAGUAUUCCCCAGCCACCAGUGUUACUCCACAGCCACCAAUGUUACUCCCCAGCCACCAGUGGUACUGUCCAGCCACCCGUGUUACUCCCCAGCCACCAAUGUUACGCCCAGCCACCAAAUUUACUGCCCAGCCACCAGUGUUACAGCCCAACCACCAAUGUUUCUCCCCAGCCACCAGUGUUACUGCCCAGCCACCAAUGUUACUCCCCAUCCACCAGUGUUACUUCCCAGCCACCAAUGUUACUCCCCGCCACCAAUGUUCUCCCCAGCCACCAGUGUUACUCCCCAGCCACCACUGUUACUGCCCAGCCACCAGUGUUACUGCCCAGCCACCAAUGUUACUCCCCAGCCACCAAAGUUACUGCCUAGCCACCAGUGUUACAGCCUGAGCCACCAAUGUUUCCAGCCACCAGUGCUAAUCCCCAGCCACCAAUGUUACGCCCAGCCACCAGUGUUACUGCCCAGCCACCAAGGUUGCUCUGCAGUCAACAAUGUUACUCCCCAGCCACCAAUGUUACCCCCAGCCACCAGUGUUACUGCCCAGCCACCAGUGUUACAGCCCAGACCAAUGUUUCUCCCCAGCCACCAGUGUUACUGCCCAGCCACCAAUGUUACUCCCUGA